AAAUCAUAAUAGUGUUGGCACACAAAUGUGUUUGAGUUCCCACUCAUUGGAUCUCACAGCAUCUACGGUGAAGAUGAGGAUACAUGGACAGCCUGAGGCAACAAGAAGGCGUUUGUUUUUUAAUCCAUUUGGACAACUCAGAAGUGUGGAGGUUGUUCGUGGUCGGACAGGAUAUGGCUUCACUAUUUCAGGACAGAAACCGUGCCUGUUGAGUGGGAUCCUAGAUGGAAGCCCGGCUGACCUGGUAGGACUCAAACAGGGUGACUGCAUUAUGGGUGUUAAUGGAGCAGACGUGUCCACAGUUUCACAUGAGACUGUAGUGCAGUUAAUUGGGAGCUGCAAAGGUCCUUUGCGACUGGUGGUGCUUGGCGAAGAACGAAUAAUAAAGAACCCCAUCCUUAAUGAUACCAGAUUUGGGAUUGGUAAUAAAGAGAGUAGUUUCCAGAAGGUUGCUGUUCUUCGUACUGUUUCAGAUGAUUCAAGCAAUUCUUCCUUUAACUCAAGCCAUGGUUUCACUGUUAAACACAGGCCGGUAUCAGAACCUGAUCUGUCACACUGGCUGCAACACUGGAGCUCUUCAACCAAGCAGCCAAAUGUGCAACCUGCCAGGGUGGAGGACUCAGACUCUGUCUUUACAGAGUCAGAAGACGCAAAUCCAGACUGGAGCAUUUUAAAUGUGACCAUGGUUGUCGGCUACUUGAGCUCCACAGAGUUGAUCUUGAACACUGCUGAAUCAGAGGUGGACUGUUUAAAGGCCAUUCGGGGGCGAAUCCGGCAGCUAGGCAUGGAGCAGAAUACCCACACGCUGGUGAUGAUGAAGAUCACCUUUGAUUGCAUCCACCUUUGUGACGAUGCAGGAGUUGUUCUGGCAGCUUUUCCUGCUGAAAACCUCAUCUUGGGAGCGCUGUGUGCUGAAGACCCUCGUUUUUUUUGCUUGGUCACAACAGCUCAUGUUGUCAAUGGCCGAAUCUCAGAGGAUGGUCCACUGCGGGCCUCCUCCCAUGUGUUCUUCAUUGAUCCACUCUUAGGUCACCAUGAAGACCACAUAGGCAUUGCCGGUCUCUUUGGCUUUGAUUGCACCUCAGAUCCAGAUACUUUGGGUUGCCUGGAAUUCCCUCAUACCCCAACUGAUGUCCUACACUUUGUAACUGUCCUGUACAGUGACAUGGGAGGGGCUGUGGAGAGACUUCGAGUCAAGCUUGAUAUGGAAACUCGGGACCAAGAUAAAGAGAAUGGCAGCACUGGAAAACAAAGUAGUAGUAGCAGUAAUGGGGACAGUGGGAUUGGCAAUGCAUCCCCCCCUGAGGGGAGACUGGACAGGGAUUUCCCUUCUGCCGCCCAAAACCACCCUGGAGGCCACCUCCCCAGCUGUCCCUGGGAUUAUCCUCUGCCUGAAGAGCUCACCCCAGCAAACCCUUCUGAGACUAUUCGAUGCCUUAAUCCAGGGAGUGAUGCGGGCACAGAUUCCCUUUUUGAGUCGCUGUCUGGCCCCGAUUCUCUUGCUAGCUUUUAUGGAGGUCCACCACCCCUGCUUAAGUUCCGUUUUAAGCCCCCUCCACCUCCUUUGCCUUUAGCUAAAAAGACAAAUUUCCUUGGAGAUCCUCUGAAAAGAAGUAGUCAAAGAUGGUUCUCAAAGCCAAAGUGGUCUAAACCCCAAGGGAAUGAUCCUGAGCCUCAAGUGACGUCCAUAAAUAAAUGGUUCUCCAUUGAUAGCCUUAGCACUGGUACAAAUGUCCUGCCUCCCCCUAUGAGUCAGAUCCCACCAGACAAGUCCUUGUCCACAGAGGUGUUGAUGCUGCCUCCUAGAGAAGAAUGGACCAGACAGUUCUUUGAGCAGAGGGAAAAACAGCAGAAGGAUGGUGCCUGCAAAACUGGCUCCAAAUUUUGGGGCAGAGGUGUCCGUGCUUCUAAGAGGCGAUCUGCAAAACGUCUCAGCCUGGCACGAUCGCUGGAUGACCUCGAGUCUGCUGCUUCUUCAGAUGGUGACUACACUGGUGGAGGUGGAGUUCAGUUGCAGGGAUGCUGCAGCCAGAGCAGCCUGAACAGUAAUGGCAGCCUUCCAGGAGCAGGCAGCCAUCGCAGGGUUUCAGAGCAGCAAGUGGCCAGCUGGGCAGGCUGCUUUGAGCACCUCCUUCAGGACCCAGUGGGUGUGCGCUACUUCUCGGAAUUUCUCAAGAAAGAAUUCAGUGAGGAGAACAUCUUGUUCUGGCAGGCCUGUGAAUACUUCAGUCAUGUCCCUGCAACUGACAAAAAGCAGCUAUCCCAGAGAGCAGGUGAGAUCUACAACAGCUUCUUAUCUAGCAAGGCCACCACGCCGGUCAACAUUGACAGCCAAGCCCAGCUGGCUGAUGAUGUCCUCACCUCCCCAAAGCCCGAUAUGUUCAAGACCCAGCAGCUACAGAUCUUCAACCUGAUGAAGUUUGACAGCUAUUCACGUUUUCUCAAGUCCUCACUUUACCAGGAAUGUGUGCAUGCCGAGAUGGAAGGUCGCCCCCUGCCAGAUCCCUACCAAAUACCGUGCAGUCCCGCGCCAUCCAAACACAGUGCCAGCUCAGACCGCUCCACCCUUUCCACUCCCAAGAAGGACGCUCGAAAACAGAGGUCAGGGAGAUCCCUUAAUGAGGAUAGCAGAGAGGAGAGUGCUGACAAAAAACGAGGGAUUUUCUUUUCGUGGUCCCGCAACAGGAGUUUUGGAAAGGGUCCAAAGAAGAAGGACAUUGGGGAUAUUAACCUUGACUAUUUGGGGAGCAAUGGACGGCGAGAGUCCCAGGGCUCCUUGUCCUCUGGUACCAGUCUGGAGAUGUCCACUUCCUGCUCAGCUGGCAAGAAUGAAUCUGAUAAUCGCCACUCACUACCUGUGUGGGAGCGGGUGCGCGAGUGCUCGCCCAAACACUGCACCGUGGUGCUGCCUGACGGCUCCUGCUCAUCUAUUACUCUCCCGCCCGGCGCCUCCAUUAGGGAAGUCCUCCAAGAUCUCUGCCACAACAUAAGUGUCAAUAUCGCUGCUGUCGACCUCUUCCUGGUUGGAGGGGAGAAGCCUUUAGUGUUGGAUCAAGACUGCUUGACCCUGAGUUCACGAGACGUGAGGCUGGAGAAACGCACUUUGUUUCGGUUAGACCUGGUACCCAUUAACCGCUCUGUGGGGCUGAAAGCCAAACCCACCAAACCAGUCACUGAGGUCCUACGUCCUGUCGUGGCCAAAUAUGGCCUCCACCUCAGUGAUCUUGUGGCCAAAAUAAGCGGAGAAUCUGAGCCAUUGGACUUGGGUGCCCCUAUAUCUAGCCUGGAUGGAUUGCGUGUUGUGUUGGAGCGAGCAGACCCAGCCUCAGUGAAAGACAAAUUAAAGUCUUCCUCUUUAAAAUGCCACCCGCCAACCAGGAGUCUUUCUGCAACAGGAGAUGAGAGGUCAUCAGGAAAGGACUUUUCUGUGAGAGCAAGUGGACCAGACUCUGCGCACCCAGGGGAAAAGAGAAAACAGAAAAAGAUUAAUAUAGAUGAAGCUGAAGAAUUCUUUGAGUUGCUGAGCCGGGCACAGAGCAGCCGAGCCAACGACCAACGCGGACUCUUAAAAAAAGAAGAUCUGGUGCUUCCUGACUUUCUGCGCCUGACUCCUCCCAUCUCAUCUUGCUCCGUGCCCCCUGACCUGGCCUGCUCAACCCCGGACUCCUUGAAAAAAACACAGGGGCCAGGCCGGGAGAACGGUUUCUCCUCACGUGCGCUGCUUAGCUCCAGCCAUCGAUCGGAGAGCCUGGACUCCUCCCUCAGCUCCAGUGCCAAAGGACACUCGGGGGCCAGGCGGUGCCUCAUGCCCCCUCCUCGACACCCAACGUUUGGGACCCACCUGUCCCCCAUUCCACAGUCCUCAGACUCCCGGCCAAGCCUUCGCACUGUGGAGGAGGACAGCCACACCGACUUGACCCUUGUUGGGGAAGGCGACAUCAGCAGCCCGAACAGCACCCUGCUGCCUCCAUCACCAUCCCCCAUGCCAUCUUUAGAGAGCAGUCUGCCAGAGGCCAACUUCACCCCGCCACUGCCUUGUCCUCAGUCUCAAGACCCAAGUGGAGACGGCAAGUCCACUUCAGGCGUGGAGGAAAGAACAGAUACAAACUCCUACACAAAAUCACCUGUUGACAGAACCGACACUGCCCACACGGUUCAGGAGGUGAUGGAUGUGGCGGGAGUACAUCUAGAAGAAGGAACACUGGAAUUGUCCCACGGAGAGGAAUCUGAGCUCAGCCUGAGUUUCCAGGGUUACAUUGCUGAGCUGCGCCAGUGCCAGAGCAAGAUGCGAAACACCCAGAUGCCCCACAAUGGCCGCAACCCAGCAGACGGCAAAGACUCCAAGACCGAGCUUUAUAAGGCAACGAUUGUCUGAGGGGAACCCCUGUCACUGCUGCACUUUGGAAGCCUGGCACUGUUUUGUUUUCUCUCUCUCUCUUUUUUUUUUUUUUUUUUAAAGAAUGGGCUGCAUGUACAAAAAUGUUGACAUCCACUUAAAAAAAAAAAAUUCUGGUAAUAGAUAUUGUAUAUUUGUUAGGAAUUCUUGCAUUGUGUUGUUAAUUUUUAGUAUUGUAUUAAUGUUUGGACUGUGGUCACUUUUUGUUCGGACAUAAUUAAGUAUAAGUUAUAAUGUAAGCCAUGUUAGACUUGGGAUAAGCACAGAUGAACCUUGAAAUUCACUUUUUGCUACACCUUUCAAAUAAUGUAUGACAGUUAUUGUACGAGUUUCUUUCAAACCCUUCAG